AUGAGUUUAUCGUUUUCAUCUUUUGGGAAAAUUCUUGAAAAAACCCAGCCAAUAGCAGUUGAUGAAGUAAUAAAUCUCAAUGGACACAUACUCCCAACCAUAAAGAAGGACAAAAAGUAAUAAAAUAGCAAUUAUUAAGCAAGCUCUAAAUGUUUUCAUUGUUGAGAAAAAAUGAAGGAAAACAAUAAAAUGAAUCCUUUCCCUUUAACGCUGUAUCCAGAAGAGCCAAACCAACUCUCUGUUGUCUGAUGCCAGAAAAAUCAUACGAAGCAAAAUACACCCCAAAAUUUGAAGUUGUUUAAUGUAAAUCUCCUUCCUUUGAUUUUGGAUCAGGAAAUUAAAUAAGAACAAGAUCGAUCUCGAUUUGUAGUCAAGAUUACUAUAUUGAUUAAUACACCUCCUUUAGAACUAUGUCAAAAUCAACUAAGGCUUAAACUGAAAAGAAAAACACAAUCUCUCAUAUAAAAGAGGAAUGCCCUAAGUUAUUGCAUUCCUUGAAGGUGUAACUGGAUAAAAAUAAGAGAAGCAAGACUCAUAAUUGUUCUCCUGAUUUUAAUAAGUAUACUGAUCGUAAAUAUACUUAGAGAGAAUUUUUGCAGCAAUACGAUUUGCUCGGAGUAAAUUAUUCGAGAAUAGUAAAAUUUAUUUAAAAUAAUGAAAGAACAAAAGACUUGAUGUAGGAUAUGUUGAAUUCAGUAAAUUUACCAACAAAGUUAUGAUGAAACAAGACAGAGCCGAAACACCCCCAUCAGUUCGUUUGGACUACAAUUUUGAUAAACCAAAACAAAUGAGGAACAUCUAUUUAGGCAACCACAAACCACUGUAACCUAAACUCAAACCCAAACACUUAUAAACUAUUAAUAAUUGUGGGUAAAGGUACAUCAAAAGAACAUAGGAACUAAUGUAAUGGUCAGACUAGUGA